AAUUGCUCUGCGAUUCCCGGUUUGGGGACCUGCUUGGCCCGGCGCCCUCGGCGCUAAACCUGUCACUGCGAGACUCUGGAGGAGCUCCGAGAACGGCCCCCUCCCCCUGCUCCGGAUGCCGUGACGAGAAUCUCCUGGGCAUCAAGGCAGGUCUCGGCCACGCGUUCCCGCCCGCCGCCCCCCAGCCGAAGACCUCGCGCGGGCGGCAGGCAUGGGCGGCCGGGUCAAGUGUCUCGUGCGAUGCCUCCGACGCAAGAAGUUGCCUUCUUUCCUGAAGCCUCUCUUACUGAAAAUCGUCGGCGACGUGGUGAGGAGCAGACCCCUGCCCCACUCCCUGGUGGUGGUGGUGAAGUACCGGCGGAGCCUCGCCCCCCGCCCUCGACAGGAUGCUGAAGAGGUCCCCCAAAUGUUCCCAGUUGACAAGCACCCCAGGCACCCACAGUCAGAGGGGCGUUUCAGCUGCAGGCUAAAGCUGCAGACCGUGGUCCUUGCAGAUCCUCAGAGGAGCCUCCUGGCUUCCAGCAGAUCGGCCUGUCCACAGUUUGAUGAGGUGGUCAUGAAGCUGGGCAACCCAAAAGUGGCGGACCUGUUGCUGCAGAGAGGAGCGAAUCCCAACCUGCCGGACCCUUCCACUGGCUCCCUGCCGGUCCACGACGCGGCCCGCGAGGGGUUUCUGGACACCCUGCAGGUGUUGCUCUCCGGCGGAGCUCGCCUCGACUUGCCGGACGACCGCGGCCGCCUCCCUCUCGAUGUGGCUGCAGAAAAUGGGCAAAGCCACGUGGUCCGUUUCCUCGCCCCGCGACGGAGGGACGACGCCUAGAAGCACUCCAGGCAGGCUGCUGAGUCUGAUUCCACAAUGACUACUCAUGAAGACACCAACUGCAUAAAAAGCAAAAAUAAAAAGUGUUUUCUGUA